AUGAACGACAGCAAAGUAGACCUUGUCUGUACGGAACGGAAAGGACGAUGCUGGAUCACAAAUCAAGCCGUGUCUCAAGGAGAAAUUCUAUUUGUGUGGAAACCAUAUAUUAUUGUUCCAUACGUGACAAACAAAGAUUACGUAUGUGCAAACUGUAUUCAUAUUUGCAAAGAAAUAGCACAUAUAAAGGACAUGAUUGGGUGUCGACAAGAUUGUCGUCAUGUAUUCUAUUGUUCUGACGAAUGUGAACAACAGCAUUGGGACAAGUUUCACCAAUAUGAAUGUCCGUUUCUAGAUAAAAUAUUCGCCUUACACGAUCUUAAUUUUAAUGAUGAUGUUAUUAAUUAUGCUCGAUUGGUGAUGCGCAUGCUUACCCAACGAUUACUGGAAGUCUUACACAAACCGCACGAUAUGUCAAUCAAAGACAUUUGGACAUCACGGUCACACUUUGAUAAAUUUUCAAUAGAGAAAAAGAAAGAAUUCGAAGUAGUGGCCAAAAUCCUGACGGAAUAUAUAUUAACUAGACUCAUUCCUGAUAAAAUAAAAGACAUUCAUGAUUUUAUUGAUUUUACUCAAUCCUUUCUCCCUGAUACUGCAGAUGUCGAAAAAGUCGAAAUUAAUGAUUUUGAAUUUUGGUUCACUGAAAUGGCUCAUUUCUGCUUACUCUUAAAUGACGCUACCAUCAUCGAAGUAACAAAAUGUUUACUAAUCAAAGUUUACAUACUUAUUUGCAUGGAAGAAAUAAAUGCACUAUUUCAUAUUACUUUUGCUCUCGAAGGAUACACUCAAGCGCCACAAACAUAUGCAAUGGGAAUGUAUCCAUUGGCGGCUUUUGUCAAUCACUCAUGCUCACCGAACUUAGCACGUUUUCCCGUUCAAGAGGAUAGGGAAAAUGUUCGUGUGGGUGAUGUUGUAUUUUUUGCAACGCGUUCUCUGAAAAAAGGUGAAGAAUUAUGUUAUAGUUAUUUGGAGCGUGAAUAUGAACUUUACAGAAAAGAACAAGUUAGUGCAAAUGAAAUCGUCGAGGCUCAAGCAAAACGGGAACAAAGAUUGAAAGAAGAAUUUUUCUUUGAUUGUGAUUGUACACGCUGUUUCAACGAGUCAAAAGGAAAUCUUGACACGUCUUAUGUGACUUUGAUAAAAGAACUCAAAUGUACAAAAUCAGAAUGCAAAGGAUGGCUUAUUCCGUCUUUUGAAAAGUAUAUGCGUUGCGAAGCAUGUGGAACGUCAUCAUAA